CAAUGCAGUGUUUGCAUCAUUUGUGUUUGAUGUGUUGAAAUCGGGAAGAAUUUUUCAAAUUUUCCACGUGGAAACAUUUUCAUUAAUUUAAUUUUUAUUUGUUGGCAAUGGCUAAACCAGCAAUUGCUAAAAGUACGGCCAAAUUGGAUUUUUUUCUUAGAAUUGAAUCCGAAAUCCAAAAACAAUGGUCCGAUGAUAAAAUCUUCGAAAUAGAUCCAACCCCAGAUGGUAAACGAAAUGAUCCUGAAGAAAAAUACUUUGGAACUUUUCCUUAUCCAUAUAUGAAUGGCCGUGGUCAUAUUGGUCAUACGUUUUCAUUGACCAAAUUAGAGUUCGCAAUGGGCUAUUUUCGACUCAAAGGAAAACGAUGUCUUUUUCCAUUUGGAUUUCAUUGCACUGGUACACCGAUAAAAGCCUGUGCUGAUAAAUUGAAACGUGAAGUUGAACUUUAUGGUUGUCCGCCACAAUUUCCUGACGAAGAUUCUACACCCACUGAAGAAAAAACGGUUGAACAAGUUCAAGAAAUAGAAAUAAAAGAUAAAUCAAAAAGUAAAAAAAGUAAAGCGGCUGCCAAAUCUGGUUCGUUUAAAUAUCAAUGGCAAAUUAUGCAGGCAUUGGGUUUAUCCGAUGAUGAAAUUGUCAACUUUUUGGACGCUGCUUAUUGGUUAAAAUAUUUCCCUCAAAAAUGGAUUGAAGAUCUUAAAAUGUUAGGCAUCCGUGUUGAUUGGCGUCGUUCUUUCAUAACAACCGAUGUCAAUCCUUAUUAUGAUUCCUUUGUACGCUGGCAAUUUAUUCGCCUUAAAGAGAAAAACAAAAUUAAAUUCGGUAAACGUUAUACAAUUUAUUCACCAAAAGACCAACAACCUUGUAUGGAUCAUGAUCGUUCAUCUGGCGAAGGCGUUGGACCGCAAGAAUACACCUUAAUUAAAUUGCAAGUUAUCGAACCCAUUCCGAAAAAUUUAGAAAAAUUCGCAAAGAAAAGCAAAAUUUUUUUGGUUGCUGCAACAUUAAGACCUGAAACAAUGUAUGGCCAGACGAAUUGCUGGCUACGACCAGAUAUGAAUUACAUUGCCUAUAAGAUAAAUACUGGGGAAAUAUUCAUUUCUAGCCGUCGAUCGGCAGCAAAUCUUUCAUAUCAAGGCUUAACGACAAAAUUUGGCCAAGUGGAUUUGGUAGCCGAAUUAAAAGGUUCAGACUUGAUUGGGGUCAAACUUAGAGCUCCACUUUCUGCCUACGAAUUCGUUUAUGCCUUGCCCAUGAUGACUAUCAAAGAAGGUAAAGGUACUGGAGUUGUAACCAGUGUUCCAUCAGAUUCACCUGAUGAUCAUGCUGCAUUGACUGAUCUAAAAAACAAGGAAGCACUUCGAUCCAAGUUUAAUAUUACCGAUGAAAUGGUUUUGCCAUUUAAUGCUGUACCAAUCAUUGAAAUUCCCGAUUAUGGUAAUCUUUGUGCUGUCCGUAUUUGCGAAGAAUUGAAAAUCAAAAGUCAGAACGAUACUGAAAAAUUGGCCGAAGCGAAAGCAAAAGUCUAUUUGUCAGGUUUCUACGAUGGUAUCAUGUUGGUUGGUGAACAUGCAGGUAAAAAAGUUUCUGAAGCAAAACCAUUGAUACAAAAAAUGCUUUGUGAUUGCGGUGAUGGUGUCAAGUAUUAUGAACCGGAAAAACAAGUAUUAUCCCGUUCAAAUGAUGAGUGUGUUGUUGCACUCUGUGAUCAAUGGUUUUUGGAAUAUGGUGAACAUAAAUGGCGUGAACAAACAGAAAAAUGUCUUCGUGAUUUGAAUACCUAUUCGGAAGAAGUGAGGAGAAAUUUUGAUUUUACUCUGAAUUGGUUAAAAGAUCAUGCUUGUAGUCGACAAUAUGGUCUUGGAACACGAAUGCCUUGGGCAGAAGAAUGGUUAAUCGAGUCCUUAUCAGAUUCGACCAUCUAUAUGGCCUAUUAUGCGAUUGCACAUUAUCUUCAAGGUGGUGUGCUAGAUGGCCGUGGUCAAUCUCCACUUGGCAUUAAACCAGAACAUAUGACACCUGAAGUAUGGGAUUACAUUUUUUUCCCCAAUGCCGCAUAUCCAAAGAAUUGUUCCGUGUCGAAAGAUAAACUUGACAUUCUGAAACGUGAAUUCGAAUAUUGGUAUCCAAUGGAUAUUCGUGUUUCGGGAAAAGAUUUAAUUCAAAAUCAUUUAACAUAUAUGUUGUAUAAUCAUACUGCUAUUUGGGAUGAUCAUCCUGAAUUCUGGCCUCGAUCGGUUCGUACAAACGGUCAUCUUUUAUUGAAUAAUGAAAAAAUGUCCAAAUCGACUGGAAAUUUUCUCACAUUACGUGAUGCUAUUCUAAAAUAUUCAGCCGAUGGCGUGCGAUUUGCAUUGGCUGAUGCUGGUGAUGCAAUUGAAGAUGCUAAUUUUGUUGAAAAACAAGCGGAAAAUGGUCUACUUAAAUUGUAUGCAUUCAUCGAAUGGUGUCGUGAAAUAGUUGAUCAUUUAGAUUCAUUACGAAAUGAUGAUCCCAACGUAUUGUUUGAAGAUAUUGCUUUCUCCAAUUUGAUGGACGAUUUGAUUAUUAAAACUGAAUCUAAUUAUAAAAACCUUAUGUUCAAGGAAGCAUUGAAGACAGGAUUUUUUGAAUACCAAGAUGCUCGUGAUAAAUAUCGAGAACUAAGUAUUCGUUCGGGUAUGCACCAAGGUCUUAUCCUUCGAUUCAUUGAAACACAAGCAAUUAUGUUGUCGCCACUCUGUCCACAUUCGGCUGAAUACAUUUACAAAGAAAUUUUACGACGUCCCGGUUCUAUACAGCAAGCUGAAUGGCCUAUGACCAAACUACCAGAUCAGAAUUACCUGCAAAUAUUUGACUAUUUUAUUGAUGCAUGUCAUCUAUUUCGUGUACGAUAUAAAGCCUAUAUGAUACAAACUAGUUCAAAAGGAAAAUCUGGCAAACAAUCGUUAUCAACAUCAGGAUCCAUAAAUAAGAAAAAUUCAGCUAAAUCCGAUCGACAACAGCCACAAAGACCUACACAUGCUAUCAUUCAUGUUGCUCGUAGUUUUCCACGAUGGCAGUCGAUUAUUUUGGCAUCAUUGAAACAGAUGUAUCACGAAAACAAUAACAAAUUACCGGAGAAUCAUAUAAUAGCAAGUAGAUUGAGCAAGAUUAAUGAUCUAAAGAAAUAUAUGAAAAAAGUCAUGCCAUUCGUCGAAAUGAGAAAACGAUUGUUUCAAACAUCAGGCGAAAUCGUUUUUGAAGAUCGUGCACCUUUUGAUGAAUUGGCUGUUCUGCAACAAAAUUAUGAUUAUCUUGUUUCAACAUUAGAUCUUUGUGGCAUCGAUCUUCGUUAUGCGGAUGAAGCUGAUUCACGUAUUCAGGAAGAAUGUUGCCCACAAGAACCGUUCAUUUCGUUUCGUACGGAACCAUUCGUUCCAGUGACCUGUAUUAACACUCAACCAAUGGUUGCAUGUUUUGAAAUGGCUAUGCCUGUUUACCAAGAUGAUUCAGUCAAAUCUAUCGCUGAUCGUUUAGCAAAAGAAACAAAAAAUAAAGAUUCGCGUAUUAAAAUUCUUCGAUACAAAGAUGUUGAAUUGGGCCCAAGAUGUUUUCCAUCUGUUGAAACUUUUAACCACAUUUUAAUGCCCAUUGACUGUGAAGGAAAAUUUUCGGUAGAUUUUGAAACCAAAACCGUUUCAUUAUUAGAAAAUGGGCAAUCAAUUCCGUUAGGAAAUUAUCUCAUUUAUCAAAUUUGAUUGUUUUAUUAUUUAUUUUCGAGCAAAAAAAAUUAUUAAAAAAUUAUUUACACUUUUUUCAA